CUUUUUGCCGGAUUUUUGCGCCGAACCAUCAUAGAUUUCCAGCUCUGAACAAGUACGGAAUGUCUCGUUAUCGAGGACCCUAGCACCCACUUCCUUCCACGACGCACUAGCCAACCACCUAGCCGACCACCUAGCCAACCCGCGAACCGCGUCGUCACCGUCGACUUCGGCGUAGUUGUCAUAACAUGGCUGGGCCGUCCAACACCGACGGUGCCACUGCCGUAGCACCGGAUGAAGGCCCGCUGUCUCCGGACCGGCUGUCCGAGCUGCCUACAAUUCUCCAAGCACGCGUGUUCGGCGGACCCCUGACAGGUGCCUCGGACGAAUUCGACUUCGCGGCGAGGCCCAGCUCGCUGAGGGGUCAAACAGUGCCCGAAAAUGAACCCGCCGAUUAUCUUAACGGGGGGCUUCCUCACGACAGAGUUUCACCUAUCCCCCAGGCCAGCCCAAACCCACGCCCAGCAGCAUUGAGCGUCGAUACGCCCCAGAUCACGACGGCAUCACCAAGUCCACCCACCCCAUUGGCAGACACCCUCGAGAUGCCAUCACCGAUCACUGGAAGGAGGAGUGUGCAGUUCGCUCGGGACGAUGUCAUCUUUGACCAGCCAGCCGCAUCAACACACUUGAGACAAAACUCAUGGGAUACUAGGGACGCCAUGGGAAAGCUUCGAGGGUCGAGUUUUAUGGCAAGAUUGAAGGAGCUUGCUGGGCCCAGCGUCUCUCAGGGCUUUCGGAUGCCAGCUCCAAUCACCGAUCCCGGCUCGACAGCGAGCUCGCCUACUAUGACACGGCAAAGCACGAGGGCUCCCCGGGCGGGGGCCGAAGGGAGCGACGAUGACGCAGAUGCUGAGGAAACCGCAGAUGAGACAAAUGUCGCAGGACUUGCUAAGGGCAAGCAGAAGAAAAAAAGGCGGGUACGAAGACCACGAGUGGAGUCGUCGACGCCAAACACUCCGCAUCUCCCCUUGACAGGGCCAGAAACCCCUGGCGGCCAUGGUCGUCUGGGUUUCUUGCGCCGUGCCACCAUGUCGGAUACUGCUGAUCGUGGUGGCCUCUCAGAGGGAGAAGGCCGUGACCAGCUCGCGAGAGAACGGGGUGUGAAGAGGGGCAACCCUUGGGUUGCUAAUCGAGGCGAUGACGGGGAGGAAGUCGAAAGUCCUUCGAGCUAUCGUGUGGGCCAUCAUUUCCGGCGCCUGUCUGCACUCGGUGGCGGAGUAUCCGACGGUGAUGCAAUGACUCCCAGGCGGCCCUUUUUUGGCGCCGAGCGGGCAUCGACAUUUGGUGCGCAAAAGUGGCGUCAGGUCAAGAACACGUUGAAACUGUUAAGACAAAAGAAGGAAGAUCAGUUCGACUACUACAAGUCUGCUGAGCUGAUGGCCGAGCUUCGCGCUGUUGCCCCUGCCGUUUUGAUGCUGGCAAGCAUGAUUCAGCGCGACGAGCAUGGAAACAAACGGAUACCCGUUCUUCUCGAGCAGCUGAGGCUUCGGAUCCGGGAAAGUGCUCCGGUGCAAGAUAAGGACAGCGAAAGACAUUGGCAGUUCACCAUUGACAUGGAAUACGGGAGCGGCCCCAGUCAAAUGAAAUGGACGAUCAAGCGGACCAUCAGAGACAUUCUGAACCUACAUUGGAAAUACAAGUUGACCUUGCGCAAUGAAAAAUUUCCAACAACCCGCGAUAUAGGUGCCAAACCCAAGCAACCGCGGUUUCCGCUAUCAGCCUUUCCUUAUCUUCGUGGCGUCCGGGGCCUAGAUGACAACGACGAAGAGGACCUUCUUGAAGGACGAGCCGGCGAGGAAAAUGUAGGCGAAGGUACGGCCGCGGAGGGUACGGCCGGAGAGGGUACGGCAGGAGAGGGUACGGCCGGGGAGGCAACUGUUGCUGAAGGCACUGACGCUGACGAGAGGCCACAAAUGAGGAAAAGGAGGUCCCGCAUGCCCGUACUUGGCGGCCGUCGAAAAACGUCGGCUUUGGGUUCUCAAGCCGAUCUUGCUCAAACCGUGGCCGACGCUGCUGCUGCACGAAGGAGAUAUGUCGAACGUCAGCAGAGGAUGUUGGAGAAGUAUCUCCAAGAGAUGAUUCGCUGGCUCAUGUUUCGAGCCGAUAGCAAUCGGCUUUGCCGCUUCCUCGAGCUAUCCGCACUCGGAGUCCGCCUCGCCGCGGAGGGUAGCUACCACGGAAAGGAGUGUUAUCUUCACAUCCAAUCAUCAAAGGGUCUUGAUUUCCGACGCGUGUUGACGCCGGGGAAGGUGAUUGCAAGGCACAGUCGAAAGUGGUUUUUGGUACGCCAGAGCUACAUCGUGUGCGUCGAGUCGCCCGAGAACAUGAACAUCUACGACGUUUACCUUGUCGAUUCCAAGUUCAGGAUUGUUCCUAAGAAGAAUAAGGGCAAACUACUUCUAGAAAAGAUGGGCAAUGACGACGAAGAUAUUGAGCAUCUCGACUUAACGACCAACAUUCAGCCUGAGAUGCAUCACACUCUCAAAAUAGUCACAUCCGAAAGGAAGGUGAAACUCUUCUCCCCUAACCAGCAUCUCAUCCAACAGUUUGAGGAAUCAAUCAUUGAGAUGCUGAAGAGCACUCCGUGGCAUCUGACGAACCGCUUCGGCAGCUUUGCGCCGGUACGGACUGGAGUAUAUGCACAGUGGCUUGUCGACGGGCGAGACUACAUGUGGAAUGUGUCGCGAGCUAUCAGCAUGGCAAAAGAUGUUGUGUACAUCCACGAUUGGUGGUUGAGCCCAGAGCUAUACAUGAGACGGCCCGCUUGCAUCAGCCAGAAGUGGCGUCUUGAUCGCUUGCUCCAGAGGAAAGCGGCUGAAGGCGUGAAGAUAUUCGUCAUAGUCUACCGAAACGUGGAGGCCGCGAUUCCGAUUGACUCCGAGUACACCAAGUUCUCGCUGUUGAACCUGCACCCUAACAUAUUUGUCCAACGGUCGCCAAAUCAGUUCAAGAAAAACCAGUUCUUCUUCGCUCAUCAUGAAAAGAUUGUCAUUGUCGACCAUGACAUUGCUUUCGUCGGCGGGAUCGACCUCUGUUUUGGGCGGUGGGACUGCCCGCAACAUCCUGUAGCAGAUGACAAGCCCACGGGAUUCGAGCCUCAGGAUGGCCCCAAGGACGCAGAACAUUGCCAGCUUUUCCCAGGCAAGGACUAUUCAAACCCGCGGGAACGUGACUUUUUCAGGCUUACCGAGCCGUACGAGGAAAUGUACGAUAGAGGCAGGAUCCCGCGUAUGCCUUGGCAUGACAUCUCAAUGCAGGUCGUAGGCCAGCCUGCCAGAGAUCUAACGCGCCAUUUUGUCCAGAGAUGGAACUACGUCCGGCGGGGGCGUAAACCAACCCGACCGACCCCUUUCUUGCUGCCACCCCCCGACUCGAAGAGAGAGGAGCUUGAGGCCAUAGGUCUAGAUGGCACCUGCGAAGUGCAAAUCCUCCGUUCGGCAUCAACUUGGUCGCUCGGCGUUGAGGACACAGAGCAAAGUAUUCAGUCGGCCUACAUCAAGAUGAUUGAAGACUCCGAGCAUUUUGUUUACAUCGAGAACCAGUUCUUCAUCACCAGCACGGAGUCUUUAAAUAACAAGAUGAUCAACCGCAUUGGUGAUGCGCUCGUCAGUCGCAUCUUGCGAGCCCACGAGAAGGACGAGGACUGGCGUGCCGUCAUACUCAUCCCGCUAAUGCCUGGCUUCCAAAACGAAGUAAACGACCAGGACGGAACCAGCGUUCGUUUGAUUCUACAGUGCCAGUACCGCAGCAUCUGUCGAGGAGAACACUCAAUAUUUGGGCGGCUUCGGGCUGCCGGCAUCGACCCAGAGGACUAUAUCCAGUUCUUUAGUCUUCGCCAGUGGGGCAAGCUCGGAAACAACCUGCUCACGACAGAACAGUUGUACAUCCAUGCCAAGUGCAUCAUUGUGGACGAUCGCGUCGCCUUGAUCGGGUCGGCUAACAUCAACGAGCGGUCCAUGCUUGGCAACCGCGAUUCUGAAUGCGCUUCCAUCGUUCGUGACACAGAUAUGAUAUGGUCGACAAUGGGCGGCCGUCCCUAUCGUGUUGGUCGAUUCGCCCAUACUCUACGCCUGCGGCUGAUGCGCGAGCAUCUGGGGCUGGACGUUGACGAGAUUUUGGAGGAGGAGCGACAAGCAGAUUUGGACCGCGCGGAAGAGUUUAGGGCGGAGAUGGAUCGUAUCUUCUACGACGAGUCUGAUAUUACACCUGUGGCCGAGAGCUCAAAAAGGCGAAUAUCUGAGCGUGACCCGCCUAGUACUCCCCCACAUCUCCAGAGAUCCGCAAGCUUAAGUAAUGACGUCGAUGAUCAAGAGCCUCGUGGUCUUGGUAGCUCAUCCUCCAAGGGGAAGUCAGUUGUCUCACAGCAAACAGGCGGGGUUGAGAACGAGAAGCACAAGAAAGAAGCUGAGGGUCCUGGCCCUGACCGUCGGAAAAUGGCACAGGAGGAAGGUACUGAUACUGGCAGGGAUUCCGUCAUCCUUAACGGCAGGGAGAUCCUCAUCCACGGUGCGUCGCCGGAGGGGAGAGGGACCGUUAACAAUCCUAAGCAUGCACACCAGCGACGCCGUCAAUCUGGAGUCCUUGCUCCCGACGGCGGCGUCAACCACGACGUUAUUCCGCCCAUGCCUGCCUUUGACAGACGAACAACAGAGCAGCUGGGGCUUCCACGAGUGAACCAGCUACCAUCACUGCCCCAAGUGGACGAUACGGAUAUUGGGGGGCCACCAGCCCAAGCGGACCAGGCCAACCCUGGUCCUGCGAGCCAAGCCGCCAUCGAUGUUAAGCUGGCUAGCAUUGACAAGGAUUGCAUGCGCGACCCCCUCAACCCGGCCUUCUACGACGAUGUCUGGUGUAGAGCUGCAGAAAACAACACACGAAUCUAUCGGCGCGUCUUCCGGUGCAUGCCUGAUUCCCUGGCGACAAACUGGGCCGAGUACAAGGAGUUCCAGGCCUAUAAUCAACGUUUCAAGGAGAGCAUGGACGGGCACAGAUCAAGCGAAGACGGCGACAAGGAAGAGGCGGCUAUUCCAGCGAUGCAGUCCACUGCCGGCGCCGGGAUUGGUGCGCCAGGCCCAGCCGCUGUCGCUAAAGGGAUGGGUGAGAAGUUGAUGAAACCUCACCACAGCGGUCCCCAUAAAGCUGCUAGAGCCUCAGGCGAAUCACACAUGGAUGAGAAGAAGGCCCUCGCUGAAGGCGAAAUAGGAGAUGAUUCGAUUGUUAAUAAUCUGCCGGCCGAUCUGGAGAAAGUAGCAGAAGCGGACAACCGUUCGUCGCGAAACAUAAGCCCAACUGCCUUCCUAACCACAGGAGAGAGCGGAACCGACGGCCGCAAAGAGCGCCGCACUACCUUUUCGACGCAGGAGAAGGCGCCUGACCUGUCCAACGGCAGUUACGGCAACGGAGCCCCUUUAGGCAUCAGUAACGAGGCUAACCAUGGCAGUAAAGCGUUUGGAUCGCAAAAGCGACGCCGACGUGCGCCUACGAGGAGCAGUCGGCGGGGAUUCAGUGCCUCUGAUGACUUGCUCCCUCGUGCCGAGGCUGAAGAGUUGCUCAAUAUGACGCAAGGCGCACUCGUCCAGUUUCCUUACGACUGGCUUGCCGUCGAAGAGACGAAUGGAAACUGGCUGUUCCAGGUAGACCAAGUUGCGCCGCUGCAAAUAUACAACUAGGUUUCUCACUGAAAAGGGAUUGCGGUUUCUACUAUUAAGCAUGUAGGUGGUUAAAAGGAGAAAGAUGGCUGGCACGACAGCA